UCCAUGGCGCGGCUCCUCCUCGCACUCGUGGCCACCACCGUGCUGCUGCUGCUCGCCGCCGCCGGGGGCGCGACGGCCCAGCAGCAGCAGGGCUGCGGGAACGCGACGUUCCCGGCGGGCCGGUCGUUCGCGCGGUGCAACACCCUGCCCGUGCUCGGGGCCAGCCUGUACUGGACGUACCACGCGGCCAACGGCACCGCCGAGCUCGCGUUCCGCGCGCAGUCCGACGCCACCGGCUGGGUCGCCUGGGGCAUCAACCCCGGCGGCGCCGGCAUGGCCGGCAGCAACGUCUUCGUCGCCUCGCCGGGCGGCGGCGGCGCCGUGUCCGUGCUCACCACCAUCCUGAAGACCACGUCCCCCGCCCUGGACAACACCACCCUCUCGUUCGCCGUGCCGGUGCCGCCCACCGCCGAGUACGCGGCCGGCGCGUACACGAUCUACGUCACCGUGGCGCUGCCGGGGAACUCCACGCAGCAGAACACGGUGUGGCAGGCCGGGCCGGUCAGCGCCGGGGCCAUAAUGGCGCACCGGAUGUCCGGCCCGAACCUGAAGAGCGUUAAGAGGCAGGACUUUCUGUCCGGCUAGAGCGCCCGCCGAGGUCUCCAGGCCACGCUGCGGCGACGGCGUAUGUUCGUAUACGCAAAUACUGUCAGUGUCAUGAUCAUGUAUAUGUAUAAAUAAAUCGCACGGCAUAUUUCUCGUGUUCCUGCUAUUAGACGUCGUAGAUACAGUAUCAAAUAA